AUGGCUCCCCGGAACGAAUUUGCCCUCCGCAGAGGAGGCGAUGGUGGGCUUAGCCGUGGCUCAGAUGCCUCGAAAAAGAGUACGGUUCUCGCCACGCCAGUUUUCAUAGAACCAACAACAGCAGUGGAUGACGAUGAAGAUAGAAAACAUGUCUAUGAACCUUCAACAGUUGAGAAAAUCAUCAAUAUUCUGCUGUGCAGAGGUGAUCUCGCUAAACAAGUGCUUGAAGUCAAACCAGUAUCCAUAGCAGGACUGUUCCGUUACGGUACAAGAUGGGACCACUUCUGUCUUUUUAUUGGUCUAAUAUGUGCAAUUCUCAGUGGUAUAUCGCAACCGGUAUUAGCCCUAGUCAGCGGUCGCAUUACCAAUGUUCUACUGGUAUAUCCGCCUACCUCAAGAGAAUUCCGUAAUGGUGCCUAUGAGAACGUGUACAUUUUUCUUGGCAUUGGAGUGUUCAUCUUCAUAACGAAUUUUAUUCAGUUUAUGUGCUUCCACAACUGUUGCACUCGAAUCAUCGCGAAAAUGCGCCACGAAUAUGUGCGCGCUAUAUUACGACAGAAUGCUGGAUGGUUUGAUAGAAACCACUCCGGAAUGCUGACGACGAAACUCAAUGACAACAUGGAAAGAAUCCGUGAAGGUAUCGGGGAUAAACUCGGACUACUGCUUCGCGGUUGCGCCAUGUUCAUCGCCGCUGUUAUUAUCGCUUUCAUCUACGAAUGGCGCUUGGCACUUAUGAUGCUUGGCGUUGCGCCAGCUACCUGCCUUGUCAUGUCAUUCAUGGCGAGGAAAAUGACAUCUACCACAAUGAAAGAAUUGGCUGGAGUGGGCAAAGCGGGAUCCAUCGCAGAAGAAUCGUUGAUGGGUGUGAGGACAGUACAAGCUUUCAAUGGACAACAAGAAAUGGUGGACAGAUACUCGGCCGAGCUAGGUCGCGGCAAAGUGUUUGCUAUUUGGAAAGGUUUCUGGAGUGGUUUGCUGGGUGGAUUAUUCUUUUUCGUCUUGUUUUCGUUCCUUGGAUGCGGAAUGCUCUACGGAGGCUACCUACUCAAAGUGAGAAUCAUCGAUACUCCCGGAGAAGUGUUUAUAGUCGUCAUGUCAAUGUUGCUGGGAGCAUACUUCUUGGGACUGAUUUCACCUCAUUUGAUGGUUUUACUGAAUGCUCGUGUUGCUGCUGCCACGAUUUACCAGACAAUCGACAGGGUGCCAAAGAUUGACAUCUACUCACCACUAGGACGCAAACCAGACAGUGCUGUGGGUCGCGUUGUGUUCGAAAACGUACAUUUUAGAUAUCCUAGUAGGAAAGACGUCAAGGUCCUAAAUGGCCUAAACCUUGUCAUCGAACCUGGUCAGACUGUAGCGCUAGUGGGUCACUCGGGUUGUGGUAAAUCCACAUCUGUCGGGCUGAUAACUCGCCUCUACGAGGCCGAAUCUGGACGAGUUACACUGGAUGGACAGGAUGUGAAAGAGCUGAACAUAGAAUGGUUGAGAAAUACCGUUGGAAUAGUGCAGCAGGAACCUUGCCUUUUCAAUGACACUGUAGCGGGUAACCUUAAAAUGGGCAACCCACAUCUAACCAUGGAACAGAUGGUCUACGUAUGCAAAAUGGCGAAUGCGCACGAUUUUGUUAUGAAACUGCCAAGUGGUUACGAAACAUACAUCGGUGACGGUGGCGUGCAACUUUCUGGUGGUCAAAAGCAGCGUAUAGCUAUCGCUAGGACGUUAGCGCGAGAUCCAAAGGUGCUCCUACUCGAUGAAGCUACUAGUGCAUUGGAUGCGCAAAGUGAAAGCAUUGUUCAGUCGGCGCUAAACAACGCAUCGCGCGGCAGAUCGACUAUAGUCAUUGCGCAUCGCUUAUCGACGAUUAGAGACGCAGACAAAAUUGUCUACUUCGAAAAAGGACAGAUUGCUGAACAAGGAACACAUGAAGAACUUGUUGCGCUACGUGGCAAGUACUACGAAUUGGUGAAAGCGCAGCAAUUUAUACCAGAAGCAGAAGAAGUGCUAGAGGAAGAGAUUGAUCUAACUGACGACCCACCAGCCGGCUAUCAAAUGUCACGUCAGUCCACAUUGUCCGAAAGAAGAAUGUCCGGCUAUGACGCUUUUGUACGUGGCCAGUCAAUAAACGACUCGUUUGGAAGACAUUCAUAUAAUGCUGAAGCGGAUGCGGAAAACGAAGCACAUGCCCUGGAAGUCAAAAAAAUUAUGGAAGAGGAUGGACAAAUCACCGCCGGUUACUGGGACAUUUACAAAAAUGCCACUGGUAACUAUCAUUGGAUGGCGCUUGGAUUAAUCACGGCAAUUCUGCGAGGAAUGGAGCUACCCGCAUUAGCGCUUAUUUUUGGCUACGUUUUUGAGGCAUUCCAAAUGGUUCCGUGGGGUGCGGAUAUGAUGCAUAGACUGUGUAUGGCUCUGAUCAUUUUCUGCUCGGUUGCUUUUGGUAUUAUGAUAUUCCAACUACUUAGCAGUAUAUUCUUUGCAAUAGUUUCGGAGAAUCUAGCUAUGCGAUUCCGCGUGCAAUCAUUCAAAAACAUGCUCUUUCAGGACGCUUCAUAUUUUGACAAUCCAGCACACACACCAGGCAAACUCAUAACACGCUUAGCUACUGAUGCACCCAAUAUCAAAGCGGUUAUUGAUGGACGUGCUCUACAAGUGAUCUACGCGCUAACAGCAAUUACCGCAUGCAUAGUGAUCGGAUUUGUCUACAGUUGGCAGGUCGCCUUGUUGGGAGUAGGAAUGCUAAUUGUGUUGGCUUUCUCGAUGAUAAUGCUAGCUCACAUAAUCAUGGUGAAAAAUAUAGAGUUGAUCAAAAAUGACGAAGCUGGCCGGCUUGCUAUCGAAACGAUCGAAAAUGUGCGCACGAUACAAUUACUCACUCGAACUGCACACUUCUUUACACGCUAUGAAGCUGCCAGUAAAUACCAAAAACGAUUUGAACUGACGAAAGGUAUUUUCGAGGGCAUUAAUUUUACGAUUUCGCAGUCGUUCACCUACAUAAUGAUGUGUGUCACAUAUGCUCUUGGUAUUCAUAUUAUCUAUACUGGGAAGAAGAGCUCGGACGAUGUAUUCACAUGCAUCAUAGCUAUGCUACUAGGUUCUGUGGCGGUGAUGAACUCGUCCGCGUAUUUCCCCGAGUUCGUCAAAGCUCGGACGGCCGCAGGGCUCUUGUUCAGUAUGAUCUACCGCAAGCCUAAGACUGGUAGCGCUGAGUUUGGAGAAAAAGCCACAAUUCGCGGCAACAUCAUGUUCGAAGACGUAAAGUUCAGUUACCCACAGCGUCCGCGACAACCCGUGAUGCGCGGAUUGCAAUUUUCAGCUCAGCGUGGACAAACAGUAGCCCUUGUUGGACCAUCUGGUUCAGGAAAAUCUACUAUUAUCUCCAUGCUGGAGCGAUUUUACGAUGCCAAUAGCGGUCAUGUGCGUUUUGACGGAAAAGAUAUCAAGACACUGUCGCUCAACCAUCUCCGGACACAAAUGGCUUUAGUUGGUCAAGAACCACGCUUAUUUGCUGGAACCAUCAAACAGAAUAUUUGUUUCGGCCUUGGCGAGGUACCGAUGGAAAAAAUCGAUCAAGCUCUGGAGCUUGCAAAUGCCAAACGUUUCAUGGCCAAUUUACCUGCUGGACUUGAUACGGAGGUUGGUGAAAAAGGCACACAACUUUCUGGUGGUCAAAAGCAACGCAUUGCGAUCGCUAGAGCUCUGGUACGAGAUCCAAAAAUACUUCUACUCGACGAGGCCACUAGCGCUUUGGAUUCCGAAAGCGAACGAGCUGUCCAAAAAGCCCUUGAUUUGGCUAGAGAAGGACGUACAUGCAUAACUAUAGCACAUCGACUAUCAUCGAUACAAAACGCUGAUCUGAUUGUUUACGUGGAAAACGGUAAAGUACGCGAAUCUGGUACGCAUUCACAGUUAAUGCAACAGAAAGGACGUUACUAUCAGUUGAUCAAGAAGCAAGAUCUUGCUACUUAA